GUCUUUUGGCAUGCCCGCUCCACCUUGCGUCACUCUCGGGGCACAUUCAUUCAUCAAUCUUCUUUCAAGCAACGAGCCUCCGUCCAGGGUCCAGCUGUCCCAUACACUGUCUAAAAGAAUAAAUAGAUAUGGACCAUUUUGAAGCAAUUGACAAGCUGUUGAACUCUAUAGUGGAUAGCCUUUUUGGAGAAAGAGAUACUCGCGUGAGAGGAUGGCUCCUGUUAGAUUCCUACACACCAACCUUCUUCCUCACCAUUACCUACCUCUUAUUAAUCUAUAUGGGCACAAUAUACAUGAGAAACAGACCAGCAUAUUCACUGAAAAAUGUCUUACAGCUGUAUAACUUCUUUCUCACCUUGUUGUCUUUCUACAUGCUGGUUGAGCUGAUAUCAGCAGUCUGGUCUGCAGGUUAUCGUCUGCAGUGUCAAGGACUGCAUGAAGCUGGUGACGCAGACAUUAGGGUUGCAAAAGUCCUCUGGUGGUAUUAUUUCUCUAAGCUGAUUGAGUUCCUGGACACCAUCUUCAUUGUGCUGAGGAAGAAAAACAGCCAAAUCAGUUUCCUGCAUGUGUAUCAUCAUGCCUCAAUGUUUAACAUCUGGUGGUGUGUCCUCAACUGGAUACCCUGUGGACAAAGUUUCUUUGGGCCGAUGCUGAACAGUUUCAUCCACAUUCUCAUGUAUUCCUACUAUGGUCUGUCCACCAUUCCAUCCAUGCAUAAAUAUCUGUGGUGGAAACGCUAUCUCACCCAGGCUCAGCUGGUUCAGUUUGUAUUGACUAUAACACAUACAGUAAGCGCAUGGGUCGUUCCAUGUGGUUUUCCUCUAGGCUGUCUGAAAUUUCAGACCUUCUACAUGGUCACACUUGUUAUCCUCUUUGUCAACUUUUACAUGCAGACAUACAGAAAGAAGAGGCUGGGGGGUGACCGAUUGGCAAAGGUUGUAGGAGAUCAUAAGAACAAUUAUUCAAAUGGCCUUUCAUCUCUAAAUGGAGCUAACUAUAAACAGAAGGCACACUGAUGAUUAAAUCCAGUUGUCAAACAGUAGUGUAAUAGCAGCGAUAAUCACCUGUAAUUAAAGUACGGUUUAUAAUUAGACAAGUACUUUUUAGCUAUUUUUGUAUUUUUAUUAUACAUACAUUCCUUUCAAGUCCUGACACUGUGAACUGACGUAAACGGUGUACAUAGUGCAUUUUAUGUGAAGGCAGUCCAUUAUGGCACAAAACGUCACCAAGGAGCCAAAUGUCUUUUAAAAUAAAAUCUUCUGUUAGGAAAUACAGUAUCUAUUCUAGAAACUGGAUGCAAGAGAGAUGCAUUUCCAGUUAUUUUUCGACAGAAGACACCUUACAAUAGUUCUACUUAAAAACCACUUGCUGCAGUCAAAUGCAUUAGAAGGAAUUUAAUAAUGGAUCAUAAUACUAAUAAGUCUUCAUUUUUAGCUAGACUUGUUUGAUCAUUUGACAUUCACAAAGUCAUGGAAACCUGGAAAUAUCAGGGAAUUUGAAAUUGUGACUUUCAGGCCUAGAAAAGAAAUACAAUCUUGGAAAGUAAAGAAAUUUCUAUAUAUACACAUAUAUACAUAUACAGUUGUGUUAAAAAAAUAGCAGUUCAACAGCAGUAACAUAAUAAACAACUGUUAUUAGUAAUAUUUCUGCAUUGCAAAUUAUUUACUUACAGAUGUAGAAGUGUAAUAGACAAACAAUAGACCCGUUGGUUAAUGAGAUCCAUACUACUUUUGAGAAAAGGUAAAAAAAAAUUAUAUCAGUGUGAAGUUUAAUUAGAAAAUUGUGUGAAAACAUUGUGUUAAAACAGAUCCUUUUUGUCCUUUAUUAGGAAAGAUGGGAAGCAAAUCCCCCAUUGUUUGAGCAAUGUUUGGAACGGCCCAUUUUAUUUUAGCAGAGUAACAUUGUAAUUUGGUUAAAAGUUGAUUUGAGAGGGGAAAACGUAUAAAGAAAUGCCACAAAGUUUAGGAUGCUCAGCUAAAAAGAUCUCAAAUGCAUGGCAAUAAAAACCCAAAACAGUUGUAAGCAAGCAACUACUGUUAAAACUGACUAACUGACAUCAGGUGAAACAAGACAGGCAAUCAAUGAGUAAUUGUCCAGGUGAUAAUAAUCAGAACAGACUCAAAACAUGACAGACUAACCGUGACAAAAAUAGAUAUAAGAAUAGUCAGGAUGGCAAAGAUUCAGCAAUUCAUCACUUCUAGAAAGAUUAAAGAUGAUCUUAAAUGUUACAGUCAAAAGACACCCGAUUGAUGCGAAGCUGUUUGCAAGAAGCCCCCAUAAAACACUUGUUUAAAAAAGGCAUGCGCAGAAUAACAUUAAAUAGAAAAAAAGAUCUGCACACUGUUAUGUUCCCUUUAUUUCAAAAAGCUACUGUAAAAAGCAGCAACGUUUCGGUCAAAGACCUUCAUCAGACAAACUUACACAAAAGCAUGGAAAAUUGUUCAUUAAGUAGAGGCUACUCACAGGUUCAAACAAUUUCAAUUACUGACACCUGUUAGAACAAUGUUCCAUGCUUGUAAGUUUGUUGCUGCUUUUUAACUUUUGGAAAUAAAGGGAACAUAAGAGUGUGCAGAUCUUUUUUCUACUAUCAACUGGCCCAAAGAAAAAUGGCGUAACAUUUUGAACAAAUUGUUCUUUUCGGGUCUAGUGGUUAUUGACAGUACCUGAGGCUCUUAAUUCAAUACACUGUGAAGACAGUUAAGCUUGGUGGCGCAUCAAUCAUGGUAUUGAGAUUUUUAUCUCAAUACCACACAUUAUUUAUAUAUAUAUA